GGAAGUAAUUCUAACAACAACAAUAAAGUCCUCUGUUCCUCUAAUAUCUAGUUAGAUCAGAUCCAGCUUCGACAUACCCCGCAAAGUUUUAAAUAUCGCUCACCAACUCCCAAGAAAGUUGGAGCUUUUUCUCCGCUUUCAGUGUUUCACUCCAAUGCAAUCAUUGGACUAGAUUUGCAUUAGUCCCGCCCACAGACUUAAUGGGUGGUUGUCGCAGAUCAAAUUUAUUCAUGAGGUUGCACGCGCAGAUUCUUUCAUUUAUUCAUUCAUUGAAAUAAUUAAAUCAUAAAAUAAUUAAUUUAAUCUUUAGUGUCAUCCUACAGUUUUAAUAAAUUAAUAUGGAAAUAUGGUCGUUAAUCAUUACCAGUGCCUCUAAUUAGUGUUUUUUUCAUCCCACUAACCAACUACUAAAACUAUAUAGUUCUGGGAAGUGAUUAGCGAUGAGCAUGGCAUUGACCCAACUGGGACGUACCAUGGAGACAGCGACCUGCAGCUGGACAGGAUCAACGUUUACUACAAUGAAGCCACAGGAGGUAAAUACGUACCCCGUGCUGUUCUUGUGGACUUGGAACCAGGCACCAUGGACUCUGUGAGAUCCGGAGCUUUUGGGCAGAUAUUCCGACCUGACAAUUUUGUGUUUGGUCAGAGCGGUGCAGGUAACAACUGGGCCAAGGGUCAUUACACCGAGGGAGCCGAGUUGGUCGACUCAGUCCUGGAUGUCGUGCGCAAAGAGUCGGAAAGUUGUGAUUGUCUGCAAGGCUACCAGCUCACGCACGCUCUUGGUGGUGGAACCGGGUCGGGCAUGGGAACCCUGCUCAUCAGCAAGAUUCGUGAGGAGUACCCUGAUCGGAUCAUGAAUACGUUCAGCGUGGUGCCUUCCCCCAAGGUAUCGGACACGGUGGUGGAGCCCUACAACGCCACUCUGUCCAUCCACCAGCUUGUUGAGAACACAGAUGAAACCUACUGCAUUGACAACGAAGCUCUCUACGACAUCUGUUUCCGCACGCUGAAACUGACCACGCCCACCUACGGAGACCUGAACCACCUUGUGUCCUCCACCAUCAGUGGCGUCACAACCUGCCUGCGCUUCCCCGGCCAACUCAACGCUGACCUCCGUAAACUGGCCGUCAACAUGGUGCCUUUCCCUCGUUUGCACUUCUUCAUGCCAGGUUUCGCGCCCCUGACUAGCAGGGGGAGCCAGCAGUACCGAGCUCUAACCGUUCCCGAACUCACUCAACAAGCGUUCGACGCCAAGAACAUGAUGGCGGCGUGCGACCCACGUCAAGGCCGCUACUUGACCGUGGCCACCGUGUUCCGUGGGCGUAUGUCCAUGAAGGAAGUGGACGAGCAGAUGCUCAACGUCCAGAACAAGAACAGCAGCUACUUUGUGGAAUGGAUCCCCAACAACGUGAAGACCGCCGUUUGUGACAUUCCACCCCGUGGCCUCAAGAUGUCCGUCACCUUCAUCGGCAACACCACGGCCAUCCAGGAGAUGUUCAAGCGAAUCUCCGAGCAGUUUACGGCCAUGCUGCGUCGCAAGGCAUUCCUGCACUGGUACACAGGUGAAGGUAUGGAUGAGAUGGAGUUCACUGAAGCUGAGAGCAACAUGAAUGAUCUGGUGUCCGAGUACCAGCAGUACCAGGACGCCACCGCCGAGGAUGAAGGGGAAGGCGAGGAGGAGGCGGAAGACGAUUGAGGCUUGACCGUAUCAAGGUGUCAUUUCGAUUCUUUUGAAUCUCCAUCACAAGAAAUUGGAAUUCAAUGUUUUUUGGUUGUUGAGGAGGAAUUAAAAAUAAACAU